AGAGGAGGGGGAGGGGGGUGGUGAGUGUACGUACGUACGGCAUAGGUGAGCGACACGAUGGCCGGAUACAAGGUGCGAGCGGCGGAGUCGGGGGACUGCGAGGAAAUCAUACGGAUGAUCCAGGAAUUGGCGGAAUAUGAGAAGUUAUCGGAUCAGGUGAAGAAUACAGCAGAAGGGCUGCGCCGUGACGGAUUUGAGGAGCCCUCCCCUCUAUUCCGCUGCUUGGUGGCCGAGGCAGAAGAUGAACAGAAAAGAGCAGAAGGCCCUCGGUUGGUGGGUUAUGCUCUGUCCCACUACAUCUACAGCACGUGGGAGGGACGAUCGUUGUACCUAGAGGACCUCUAUGUCAUGCCGUCAUACAGAGGUAAAGGCAUCGGCUCCAAGCUACUGACGGCUACAGCGGAGAUGUGCCUGUCUCUGGGUUGCGCCCGCCUCCAGCUGUCUGUCCUGGACUGGAACCAGCCGGCCAUCUCCUUCUACCAGUCCCGCGGGGGACGCAACUUGUCUGACGAGGAGGGGUGGCGCAUCAUCCGGUUCCUCCCCGAAGACCUACGGCGGAUGAUUUCGAAGAACGCAGAGCGGGACGGAGACCCCGGACUCUUAUAAUGCAGCGUAGCUCCGCCUUUUCUUUUCCCACAAGGAAGUUUAGGGGUGCUCCAACCAAAACUGAUAUUACCUUCUGAUUGGCUGGUUUGUUUCAGCUCUCAAGGGGGCUUUGUCUGUACAACCGUGUUCACAGCUCCACCUACCUCGGGGAGGGGCUUCAGCCUAAUCAGAAGCUACUGAGUGAGCCCAUCAAAGACCAUCAGUUAUGGGUGGAGCUCCCCUUCAGAUUCCCUACCUGGCUAUGAUGGGUAGAGGUAGUAGGUAUUAUCCCAACCCCCAUUUUCUGCCCAAAGUGGACUUUCCUGAAUCUUUGAUAAAGACUGUGAAAAUAGUAUUUUGUGAAAAGUUUUUUUUUUUCACAAUCGACUUUUUUUUUUUGUGAAAAGUCUCAAAAGUCCACUCCAUUCAAAAGUGAAAAGCCUUGAAAUAAAUGUUGUGUCCUAAGAGUGCA